AUGUCAGAAGGAUCACAAAAAAAUAAAAACCCCGCGUCACUACAGUUGACGGCGGAAUCUCUUCUACAAGAGGCUUACGAAAGUCAAGCGGUGAUGCCGUUGAAUGAAGAUGACCUUGCCCAUAAAAUAGCCGACCUCGAGGAAUCAAAGGAAUUCCAAGGAAGAAAAAGAUCGGAGUUUGAGAAACAUCUUCGAAAAGACUACCAUAAUGUCAAAUCAUGGCUCAAUUAUGCGAAUUUUGAAUUUUCGCAACAUGAGAUGGCGAGAGUACGAUCGAUUUUUGAAAGGGCUUUAGGUUACAAUAAGGAUAAUGUCCAACUAUGGAUUCGAUACGCCGAUUUAGAAUUGAAGAAUAAAAGUAUUAAUCAUGCCAGAAACUUGCUAGAGAGAGCUAUUCGUAUCCUACCUUUUGUCGAUAAAGUGUGGUUUUACUACGCCCAACUUGAAGAAUCGUUGGGAAAUAUUCAAGGUGCGAGAAAUAUCUUUGAAAGAUGGCUAUUGUACGAACCUAGAUCAAAUGUCUAUGAUACUUAUAUCAAUAUGGAAAGAAGAAACGGUAACAAUAUGGAAAAUUUGAGAAAGAUAUUUGAAAAAUAUGUCAUUGUGUAUCCAAAUAGUGUGACAUGGAUUAAAUGGGGAAACUGCGAGGAUAAAAAUGGCUCUUCUGAUAUUACCAGAGAGGUGUUUACAACUGCAGUAGAUACUUUGUUUCAGAUUGAUAAAGAAGAUCAAGUGGAGGAUGUUUUGAUACGAUGGAUCGAAUUUGAAGCGUCACGAAGUGAAUUUGAAAGAAGUCGAUUGUUGUUUAAGUUUGGACUAAAUAAACUACCAAAAGAGUUUUCUAAGAAAUUAUUUGAUAAAUAUUUGAUAUUUGAGAAGAAAUAUGGCGACUAUGAUAAUGAUGGAACCAACUUAUUGUUGUUGAACAAAAGAAAAGCUGUGUAUGAUGAAGAUUUAGAAAAGAAUCCUACAGAUUAUGAUUUGUGGUGGGUUUACAUAACUUUGAUGCAGGAAUUGUCUGCUGAUAAAAAUGGUUUGAUAGAAGUUUAUGAAAUGGCGGUUAAUAAUAAACCUUUAAUUAAUACCAAAAAAACUGUGGAAUGGAAGAAGUAUAUCUAUUUAUGGAUUAGGUAUUUAUAUUUUGUCGAGUUAGAUAUGAAAGAUAUUGAAAAAACCAGAGAAUUAUACAAAAGACUUCUUGAGAUCAUACCUCAUGAAUCAUUUACAUUCAGCAAAGUAUGGAUAAACUAUGCUGAAUUUGAAAUUCGCCAACACAAGUUAACUGACGCAAGAAGAAUACUUGGACGAUCACUUGGUAUCCAUGGUAAGCCAAAAACUUUCAAAUAUUAUAUCAGUCUUGAAAAGUCUUUGAAAGAAAUGGAUAGAGUGAGGAAGCUAUAUGAAAAUUAUCUCAUCAAGUUCCCUCAUUUGAUAAACGUCUGGCUAGAAUAUGCCACUCUUGAAACGAAUUUAGGCGAUCAUGACAGAGCCACAGGAAUUUAUGAAAUUGCCACUGCUGAACCAGCGAUUAACAAUAGCUUGAUUGUAUGGUACAAAUAUGUUAAUUUCUUAUCGGAAGAGGUAUACGAUUAUGACAAAGCGAGAGGGGUUUUGGAAAGAGUUUUGGAAAUGAAUAAGCAAAAUGUGAAAGUCUGGAUUAAAAUAGCAUUGUUUGAAGCCACGGCUCCAAAUGAGGCUCAACUACGUCAAAUUCUUGAGAACGAGGAAGAUGAAGAAAUUGAAAUUUCUGCUACUCCUGAAUCUGUUGAAAAUGCUAGACGUGUGUUUGAAGACGGACUUAAAUAUUUUAAGAGCCAAGAACUGGUGGACAAGAGAGUCCUAUUAAUAGAAGCUUACAAGCAGUUUGAAGAUGUCUAUGGGGAUGAGGCAAGCAUUGAAAAUGUUUCCAGGAGGUUACCUACGCUAGUAAAGAAGACCAAGGAAGACUCGGAAGAAGAAAUCAUAGAAUACAAGUUCCCUGAUGAUAUCGAGAAGGAUAAUGCAAUGUUAAAGUUUUUGCAAAAUGCCCAAAAAUGGAAGAAAAGAAAGUAA